CCCGAGCCUGCGCGCCUUGCAGCCACAGUCUGGGGAUAAUAAUCCACACUCCACAAGCAGCCAUGGCGCCACCCAUCACGUCCCUGUCGUCUCUGAUGGCGUCCAGCCCAAUCCCGACGCCGCCGCCGCCGCUCCCGAAGACCAGCGGCAGAGCGCUCUCCGUCGCGCCCUGCGGCUCCGCGUCGUCCUCGUCGCCGUCCACUUCCUCGACUCCUCAUCCGGUGGCGGCGUCGGCGUCGGCGGGCAGGAGGGGGCUGCUGGCGCUGGGCGCCGGGUUCCUGGCCUCGGCCGCGCUGCUGUCCCCGGCGGGCGACGCCGGCGCCACGCGCAUCGAGUACUACGCGACGGUCGGGGACAAGAUGUGCGACCUGAGCCUCGUCAAGUCCGGCCUCGCGUACUGCGACGUCGAGGUCGGCACCGGCGUCCAGCCCCCGCGCGGCGAGCUCAUCAAUGUGCACUACACCGCGAGAUUUCCCGACGGUACGCUGUUCGACAGCAGCUACAAGCGCGGGAGGCCACUGACGAUGCGCAUAGGCGCAGGCAAGAUCCUCCGAGGGCUUGAACAGGGGAUCAGUGGCGGCGGCGGUGUGCCGCCCAUGCUUGUUGGUGGAAAGCGCAAGCUGAUGAUACCUGCGUCACUGGCGUACGGGCCUGAACCGGCAGGCUGCUUCUCAGGAGACUGCAACAUCCCCGGAAACUCCACACUUCUAUAUGACCUUUUCCUCGUCGGGAUCUACAAGUGAGCCCUCGAUGACAGGGAAUGUUCAGAACCUAAGAGCAGAGACAAGAGUAACCGAUCGUUUUCGUGUGUCACACAUGGAGGGUUUCAGGAGGAAUUCUUGGCGGUGAAAGCACCUGCAGAGGCAGAGCCACUUGCAGAAGCUUCUGUACUCCAGAGAGCUACCUGGAUUGAAUAAAAUGAUGAUAUAUAUAAACCAUCCUUGUUACGUAAUAACGCCAUUGUGGAACUUUGUAAAGACCAAUCAUAUUGUUGACUAUAUAGCAGUUUGAUACAGCCAAAGCGAGCAAGUUAUCGGAGGUGUA